GCUCGUUCCUCAUAUCGAAGAGAAAAUCUGAAGAAACGCUUCCUUAUCAUUUUAUCUAAACGCAAAGUAAUCAGUGUUAACUCAAGAUUUACAAAUAUCAUUAAGAUUAUACAUGAGUCAUAAAACAAUUCACUGCAAGAACAUUGCGGCUUGAAGAAGUGUAAUAUUAUAGAGAUAGGAAUGUAAAACUUAGGCUUGAAUUUUAUUUAGUAUUAUUAGUAACUAAUGGAGUAGAUAAAAUAAAUCGAAUAACAAAACAUAUUGAAAAAGAUAAUCAUUUAAAUAAUAAAUAUAAAUUGGUGCUGUGAAAAUGUCAGAAAAAAUUGACUGUGAAAAGAAAUCUAAGACAGAAGAAAAUGAAAAAACUGAUUACGAUCCUUUUGAGCAUCGAGAAAUUGAAAAACCGAUAUCGGACAUAAGAGCAACAGCAAACUUGGUAAAAUCUUCACUGGGGUCUGGUCUUCUGGCAGGGCCAUUAGCGUUCGUGCAGUCAGGGUGGGGUAUAGGCAUCUUAGGCACCAUCAUCGUGGGGAUUCUUUGUGGUCAUUGCAUACAUAUACUAGUAGAAACUUCUAGAGGAUGCUGUCGAAAGGAAAAGAAACCAAUGCUUGGUUACGCAGAGACAUGUAAAUCGACGUUUUCCAACGGACCCAAAUGUGUCAGGCGUUUCGCAAACGCGGCGAGCAUAAUUACAGAAUUUGCAUUAACAUGCACUUAUGUAGGUGUCUGCUGUAUUUACACUGUCCUUAUAUCGGAUUCAAUAAAACAGCUAGUAGACCGAUACGCGCCGUCAUUCAUAAUCCCAAGCGAAUACUACUCUUUAAUAAUGUUGAUCCCUUUCUGCGUAUUAUGCCAGAUCAAAUACCUGAAAUGGCUGGCCAUAUUCUCUCUAUUAGCGAACAUUCUGCUCGUGGCUACGUAUCUGAUUUGUUUAUACUACAUAUUCGGUGGGGAAAUAUCCUUCGCUGAUAAGGUGGCUGUUGGCAACCCUGCGAGAUACCCUGCUUUCCUGUCGACUGUUAUCUUCGCCAUGGAAGGUGUGGGUGUAGUUAUGCCAGUGGAGAAUGAGAUGAAGAGGCCGAAGCACUUCCUGGGGUGUCCUAGCGUCCUGGUGGUUGCUAUGUCAAUCAUCGUGUUCCUCUACAGCACCCUCGGGCUGUUCGGCUACUUCAGAUACGGAGAUGCUCUCAAGGGGUCCAUCACUUUGAACCUUCCUAUAGACGAUUGGCCAGCUAUAUGCGCCAAAGUGUUCAUUGCUCUGUCAAUAUUCUUCACGUACCCACUUCAAUUCUUUGUCGUAUUUGACGUGUUCACAAGAUACGUGAAGCCUCGGAUAAAGGAGAACUAUUGGUCAACCACUCAAUUUGUAGCAAGAAUAUUGGGCGUCUGUUUCUGUGUGAUAAUUGGCGUCGCACUGCCUUUACUGGAGCAAAUCAUCAACAUCGUUGGAGCAAUGUUCUACUCUAUCCUCGGCAUCAUCAUCCCAGCCGUUAUCGAGACCGUCUUCCGAUGGUACGACCUUGGCAGGUACAACUGGGUGUUAUGGAAGAACAUUGUCAUCAUCCUAUUCGGUUCCUUCAUCUUAAUAUCCGGAUGUACAGUCACCAUUUCUGACAUCGUUCGGAUUCUUACCACUAGAACUGAAUAAUAAGCAAUAUUUAUACCAUUUAAUGUGUUAUAGUAUUAAAUUAUCAAUAAGUAAAUUAUA